UGUUCAGUAUGCUUUUAUGUUUCUGCGUCAAAUGGUAGCGCGUAAGGAUCGAGAAAGAUCAACCAUACCAUACAAAUGACUAGUCUUUUCCGUUCGCCGGAGUUCAAUCGGCGUCACGAUUGGUCGACCGCAGCUCAAAAAACCAGCUUCCACCAUUCUAAUCGCCAAAUCAAUGCCCAAAAUGACUACGCCAAUCAACGGUAGGCUAGUCAAAACUACGCUGAUCAACGGUGGCCAAACCAACGUCGACAGCCGGAUCGACAAGCUGAACCAGAGGUCAAUUAGCCUCAGGGACUGGGAAGACGAACUUGAUCAAAAGCAACAGGGCCUCAACCGACAGGCCAAUAUCCUUCGGGUCUGGGAAACUGAUCUCUCGGCCCAGUCAGAAGCCUUCAGUCUUCGAUUGGCCGAGCCAACGGCAGUCCGAAUGCCCUUACUUUCCCUCACCACGAUUCAGACAGUCGUGUCAAUCCAGCCUGUCGACGGCGUUGUUCUUCUGACAGGCCUGUCAAUAACCUUUACGGUAAGCUCGAGGACCCUCGCUAGGCAAGGGUUUCUCAGGCAACAGAAAGUCUUCCACGUCGUUGAGAAGGUCGCCAGCAGCCCUGUUAACAACACAGCUGACAGCCGCAUCAGCCGCCAAGUCGGGGACUGCUUCAGCUAGCCCAUUGACUGCCCACCCACCCACACCUUCUUCAGCCUGCACCCGCGGAGCCUGCGGAGCCGCAUUUGGUUCCAGGAACCAGUUGUUCAGCCGCCUACGUGGCCACAGUCACGGCCGCCAGCCUGUUGCCCUGAACAGGUCGGGUUUUACUGGCCCGGGCCGCCUUGACAGUCCUGUCAAUACGGACAGCCCUGUCGAAUCAGGCAGUCCUGACAGUCAGGACUGCCCUAUUAACAUGGCCAGCCGAUUACAGGGGCUGAUCUAUCAGUUAGCUUCGCUCCUGCCUUGUGCCCAUAGAACAAUUCCAGGAGAUGGGACAUCGUCGCCCUGGGAUGGGACAUCGAGAGCGGCGUUGGCUUACUGAGGAUAGGAUCUUUGUGUUGUGUGGCAUUUGAUGCACCCCCACCUGGGCCUGGCCUGUGCCAAAGCCUAUGCCCUGAACUCGCCG